UCACGAAUCUCAAAGCAUCGAGCCCACAAGAAAACCCUAGCCACCAAAGCUGGCACAUAUAAAUAUCUUUGCCUGCUGGCCCUCAUCCCUCCCCUCUAUUGCCGCCGCCGCCGCUCCGAGCUCGCGCCCCCUAGCCCAGCCGCCGCCGCCGCCGCCGCCUCGUCGGAGUUCUUCCCACCCCUUUCGCCAACAUGGGUAAGACACGUGGUAUGGGAGCUGGGCGCAAGCUCAAGACCCACCGCAGGAACCAGAGGUGGGCUGACAAGGCAUACAAGAAGAGCCACUUGGGUAACGAGUGGAAGAAACCCUUCGCCGGGUCAUCUCACGCCAAGGGCAUUGUUUUGGAGAAGAUUGGUAUUGAGGCCAAGCAGCCUAACUCUGCCAUCCGUAAGUGUGCUCGUGUGCAGCUUGUGAAGAAUGGAAAGAAGAUUGCCGCCUUCGUUCCCAAUGAUGGUUGCCUGAACUUCAUCGAGGAGAAUGACGAGGUGCUGAUCGCUGGAUUCGGUCGUAAGGGACAUGCUGUGGGAGAUAUUCCCGGUGUCCGGUUCAAGGUCGUCAAGGUGUCAGGUGUUUCUCUGCUUGCCCUCUUCAAAGAGAAGAAGGAGAAGCCCAGGUCUUAGAUUGCCGUUGCAUGGAGUAGACAGUAUGUCGGGCCUUUAGAUGUUGAAGGAGGAUGGUACCUUUGUGUUUACAGCACUUUUAAGUUGAUAACUUAUGAUCGUGUUGGUGAAAACUAUGCCUUGUCACAUUUUGCUCCUGUUAUGGGAAAGUGCUACUGUUAUGAGUUUUGUUCCCCAGUUUGAGAUGAAUUUCCCUUGUCCUGAAA